GUGGUCUGGCUUUCCCACUGAAGGAGAUCACACAGGCUGCGUGUGCGAAAGAAAACAGUCGUGUGAAUGUUUAGAAUAUUAAUCAGAUCCUUUUUAUAAUCAUGGAGGAGAGCAAUACCCGUGAAUCAGUACCAGAUUUAAAGGAUCUGGAGUUGAAAGUGGGGAGAAAGACCCCAGAGGGGCUCCUGAAGUGGAUGAGAGAAGAGCACAAAAUGAUCUCUCAUCAUCAGACAGACAAUAAUGAGACAGAGAAGAAGGGCCUGGAUGAGAAGAUACGAAAACUUAAAAUGGAGAUGGCUUAUCUACGAGCAGCAGAUGUCAAGAUCUUGAACCAGUUGCUAGCACUUCACGAGGGCAUCGAGGCAGUGAAAUGGCUCCUGGAAGAGCGUGGUGCGCUCACCAGCCGCUGCAGCAGCCUGACCAGCAGCCAGUACAGCUUAGGGGAGGGUCCCGACACCUCAUGGAGGGGCAGCUGGAGCAGUCUGCAGGACCCCCAUGACAAGCUGGACAACAUUUCCAUUGGCAGCUAUCUGGACACAUUAGCUGAUGACCUGGAUGAGUACUGCCCCUCUAGUGGGACUGAUUCAAUACUCUGUGCCACCCCCAUGGGGACAGAUGUCUCCAGAGGUACUGGAGGAGGAGUGGGAAGUUCCACUGGAUCUGGAACCCGAUCUCCACAAGUCAAGUCCGAUGCCCCUAAAGAAGAAGCUCAGGUUUGGAAUAAAGCACCGUCUGAUACAUCGAGACCGUACCAGCCCAGCAAGACAAAUGGAAUCCUGGACAAAGCAGUGAAGCAAAUGGUCAGACCAGAUUCGCCCAGGGCUUGUCUCGCUGAGAAGCUGGGGAAGAAUCUGAGCCCUAAAAUGAAACCCUACAAGAAUGGCAAAGUUGAGUUGGAGAGCUGCAAAAUGAACGGCAAAGUUCAACUGGAGUAUGACGCACACUGGCGUUGGGUGCAGUCGCAGGAUGAUGUGACUUUUUUGUGAUAAUAUAUGCAUGAUCAAGCCAAAGGUGUUGAUGGGAGACUGCUCUGCUUCUCUGUUCACCACUGAGCUUUUGUUUGUACAAUUGGAUCUUUGAUUAAUUUGAGGCCAGCUUCUCAGAUCUUCUGAAAUGACAGCGGUUAAGAGGUCAGCAAC